CCCACGUGUUGCUUCUGUCAUCUAAUAUUUGCUUGAAAGUUAUAUAUGCAAUCUUUUUGCGUUUUGGAAAUAGGUUCUGUUGUGUUCUUCUUGCAAGUGGGGUUCUUUUUCUUGUCCUAAACUUAUAGUAAAAAGGGUGUUUGAUAGCUUUCUGGGAUUUUUUGAUCUUGGAUAUGCACACUUGAAGUUGCUUUUGAAAACGGUAUCAUGCUUUAGUUUGGGCAAGGAAAGUAAAACACUGUUCAGUUCAGGACAGAAAAUUAAGAGGUUUGGUGAGCUCUGGGUUCCUGGGAUGCAUCUUUCAAAGGGUUGUAGGUGUGAAGUUGUUUUCUGUUUGUGGUUCUGCUGCUAUUUCCUAUUGGCUGCCGGUCAGGUCACUGACCCCACUGAAGUUGAGGCAUUGAAAGUCAUAAAGGGAAAAUUGAUUGAUAUUAAUGGAAAUUUGAGCAACUGGGAUCGUGGAGACCCAUGUACAUCUGACUGGACAGGGGUUAUGUGCUCCAAUACAACAGUGGACAAUGGUUAUCUACAUGUUCUACGAUUGCAACUACUGAAUUUGAACUUGUCUGGAAAUUUGGCACCCGAAAUCGGCAACUUAUCUCAUCUCCAAAUAUUGGAUUUUAUGUGGAAUAAAAUAAAUGGGACUAUACCGAAGGAGAUUGGAAACAUCAAAACUUUGAAACUCUUACUCCUGAAUGGAAAUGAACUAACAGGUGAUCUGCCAGAAGAGCUUGGCCAUCUUCCAGUCUUGGACAGAAUACAAAUUGAUGAGAACCAUAUUACAGGAUCCAUACCAUUAUCAUUUGCAAAUCUGAACAGCACGAGACACUUUCACAUGAACAACAAUUCACUUAGUGGACAAAUCCCACCACAGCUGUCCCAAUUAGGGAGCCUGAUGCACCUUCUUCUUGACAACAAUAACUUAACAGGAAAUCUCCCAUCCGAGUUCUCUGAGAUGCCAAGCUUAAAGAUACUUCAACUUGAUAACAAUAACUUCAGUGGAAAUAGCAUUCCAGAAUCUUAUGGCAACAUGCCAAAAUUGUUGAAAUUGAGCCUUAGGAACUGCAACUUGCAAGGACCAAUUCCUGAUUUCAGCAGGAUAUCACACCUUACUUAUCUUGACCUGAGUUUCAAUCAGUUGAAUGAAUCAAUUCCUACCAAUAAGCUGUCAGACAAUAUCACAACCAUUGACUUAUCAAACAACAAGCUCACCGGGACAAUUCCAUCCUACUUUUCUGGUCUUCCACGCCUUCAGAAAUUGUCAAUUGCAAAAAAUUCAUUGAGUGGCAAUGUUCCUUCUACCAUUUGGCAGAACAGGACUUUAAAUGGAACAGAGCAAAUUAUCCUGGACAUGCAAAAUAAUCAAUUUGCAAGCAUAUCUGGCACUACAAAUCUUCCUGCAAAUGUUACACUGUUGCUUGAGGGAAAUCCUGUAUGCUUAAAUAAUAACUCCUUAGUUCAGUUCUGUGGACCUGAAGGUGACAAUAACAAGAAUGGAGGCUCCAUUGUUGUCUGUCCCAGUCAAGGAUGCCCCCCGCCUUAUGAAUACAAUGUGGACUGUUUCUGUGCUGCCCCAUUGGUUGUUCAUUACCGGUUGAAAAGUCCAGGAUUUUCAGAUUUCCAUGCAUACGUGAGAGAAUUUGAGAGCUUCCUCACAAAUGGUCUUACUAUACAUACUAAUCAGCUGUUCAUUGAGCAUUUUGCAUGGGAAGAAGGGCGGUUGAGAAUGAACUUGAAGGUUUUUCCUGAAUAUAUUGGCAAUGGAAGUUUUCACAUGUUCAGCACAAGUGAGGUUAGUCGGAUCGGAGACUUGUUCAGACAAUGGGACAUUCCUGACAAUGAACUUUUCGGGCCUUAUGAACUUCUGGACUUUAUUCUACUGGAUCUUUACAGGGAUGUGAUUAUCCCCUCUUCAAGUUCAGGAAUAAGCAAAGGUGCACUGGUUGGAAUAAUCUUAGGAGCAAUUGUUUGUGCAGUUACAUUAUCUGCAAUUGUUUCCAUUCUUAUUUUGAGAGUACGCUUGAGAGAUUAUCGAGCACUUUCCAGAAGGCGUAAUGAAUCUAGGAUCAUGAUAAAAGUUGAUGGUGUAAGAUCAUUUGAUUACAAAGAAAUGGCCUUGGCUACAAACAAUUUUAGCGAGUCUGCUCAAAUUGGAGAAGGGGGCUAUGGGAAGGUUUAUAAAGGUCAUCUUCCUGAUGGCACUGUUGUUGCCAUAAAACGUGCACAGGACGGUUCACUGCAAGGUGAGAGGGAGUUCCUUACAGAAAUAGAAUUGCUGUCUAGGCUACACCAUCGCAACCUUGUGUCUCUGAUUGGAUACUGUGAUGAAGAGGGUGAACAGAUGUUGGUUUAUGAAUAUAUGCCAAAUGGAACACUAAGAGAUCACCUUUCUGCUUAUUCAAAAGAACCCCUUAGUUUUUCUCUGAGGUUGAAGAUUGCUCUAGGAUCAGCCAAAGGUCUUUUAUAUCUACACACAGAAGCUAAUCCUCCAAUAUUCCACCGAGAUGUGAAGGCCAGCAAUAUAUUAUUGGACUCUAGGUACACAGCAAAAGUUGCUGAUUUUGGACUUUCACGACUUGCCCCAGUUCCAGAUACUGAAGGAAAUGUACCUGGUCAUGUAUCAACAGUGGUAAAGGGGACCCCGGGUUAUCUUGAUCCAGAGUACUUCUUGACUCGCAAUUUGACUGACAAAAGUGAUGUUUAUAGUCUUGGUGUUGUACUUCUGGAACUUCUGACUGGGAGGCCACCAAUCUUUCAUGGUGAAAAUAUUAUUAGACAGGUUAAUAUGGCAUACAAUUCUGGUGGAAUAUCUUUGGUUGUUGAUAAACGUAUUGAGUCUUAUCCUACUGAGUGCGCGGAGAAAUUUUUGGCUUUAGCCUUAAAGUGUUGCAAAGAUACCCCAGAUGAGAGGCCUAAAAUGUCAGAAGUGGCUAGAGAGCUUGAAUACAUCUGUUCUAUGUUACCUGAGUCAGAUACGAAAGGACAUGAUUAUGUCAUUACAAGUGACUCUUCUGGUACAAUAUUCAGUUCAGAACCUUCAUCUUCUGUUAUAAAAACUCCUUUUAUUUCAGGAGAUGUUUCAGGUAGUGACCUUGUUAGUGGAAGUAUACCAACCAUCAAGCCAAGAUAGAAGUUGAAAAGUAUAUGUGGUUUAGAAAAUAUAGUUGAUUGAUGUUUGUGAAUGUUAAGUAGUACCCUGUAAAUUGAAGAAUUAUUGUGAACUGAAGAGUGAAACCAUAUUUAAUAAUUUUCAUUUAUUCUUUUUGUACUACUUGUAAGAUAAAUUGAUAGAGGACUGACUUGUUAGUUGAAUAUAUCGAUUUUGUAACAGUGACAUAUUGUAGUUUAUGAUGGAGCAUUCCAAGUACUUUUGAAGUACCAAUGACGUGUUUUUAGGCUAUAAGGAUUUGAGAUUCUUGAUUUUUGUA